AUGGCCCCCGGGCGGUUCGCCCGGCCGUCGGUCAAUUGGACGGCGAUUGCCGAACACAUGCGGCCGGCCGAGAAACCCGCUUACCUGGCGUUCAAAGCCAAGUCCGACGGGUACCUACGGAAAAUGUCGGCGUUGCCGGCGGCCCCGCCGCAAAUCGAUUGGGCCGCGUACCGGCGCGAAAUCGCCGCGCCCGGUCUGGUGGACGCCCUAGAGAAAUUGUACGGCGCCGUUAAAAUCCCGUAUCCGGAAGACGUGUACACCGCGACAAUCGACAAACUCGAAACGGAGACCGACAGGGACAUCGGGGAGUUCAAAGCGGAAGCGGACGCGGUCAUAAAAAAACACGAAACGAGAAUCCGAGAAAUUGAGAAUAUGUUGCCGUUCGGCCAAAUGACGUUCGAAGACGCCGCUUACGUCGAGCCCGAGUUGGUGUUGGACAUGGAGAACAAACCGUCGUUCUGGCCGCACGAAGACAUCGAUAGGUUAUAG